AUGCUAAUUGGAUUUAGAAUAGGUAGAUUGCAAUUUAAAAAAAAGGACUUCCUUUAAUGGUAUACUAUUUAAGAAAUAGAGCUUGCUUUUUAUAUUGUUAACAUCCAUCUAAAUCAAUAAGAAAAUAAAAUAAUUGUUGAAAUCAACCCAAUUAAAAUCAUAAUAAUUGAAAAGAAAAAUUAAAGUGUGGAGUAAAUGUGGGUUGUAGUUUAAGAAAUUAAAGUUUAUGAAUCAUUUCGAAACAUAAUUUUUAUAAAUGAUAAGACCUUUGCAGUUAAAUUAUUUAAUAUUAGAAAAUGGAUGCUAUUUAAAUAAAAGAAUAAAUCCUAAUUUAUACAUAAGCGAGAUAUUAUUAUUUAUGGAGCCAAUUAAGAUUUAUAUUAUAUUUUAAAUAAGUAUAAUAAAGGAAAGAUAAAUAAUCCAGAUGAAAGCAAUUGUUUUUUGAAUGAAGAAUUUCAACUAGAUCACACUUAUUUAGUUCUAAAAGAUAAGGAGCAAUUUAAUAAUUAAUCCUUUUUUUAAGGUAUGUAGAAUGAUAAUACAAUAAACGGAUAAUACUUUUUCAGCAGAGUUUCUAAGGAAAAAUAAGUUAUUAUUGGAAGAUUUAAAUAGCUUUCAAUAGAAUAUACACUAGUCAAAUCAAUAAUAUCUCCAUAAAAUGAACAUUAUUAAGCAAUGGCUAUUAAAAGUGAUAAUAAAAUAGUAGCACUAGGAUUAAAACAUUAAAUUAAAGUUUUCAAAUUGGAGAAUUUUCAAUUACAGCAACUAUAAGUUUUAAAUAAUCAUUCAGGUCCUGUAGAUUGUUUAAUAUUUUUUAAAAACUAAAAUUCAUUCAUAUCUGGAUCUUCAGAUAAAUAAUUAAAAAUUUGGACAUGGGAUGAGAUGGGCAAUAUAUAUUAAUGCUAAUAGAUCCUUUAGAGUUUAGUUAUGCUGAAAUAUAUUUUGUUGAAUAACUAAGAAAACUUAUUGGUCUCAGGUGGCUAGAACUCAAUUUCAUUUUGGGAAUUUAAAACAUCCUAUUGGUUAUUAAAAUAGAAUUUGUAUUUUGAUAAAAAUUCUAUUUUUGGUUUAAAAUUUACUCCUUCUUAAUUAACAAUUGCCACUUAUUCAUCAAACAAUAAAAUACUUCUAAUUUAAAAAAAAAUACAGAAUUCAUAAAUUAAUUGGUCUAUCUCUUUAGAGAUAAAUGUAAACAAUUUUACUCCAUCAAUAUGUUUUAUUUCGGAUUAUAUAAUCCUUUAUUAAUCAAUUAGAGAAAUGUCUAUUAGAUUAAUUAAAGUAAAUUACGACUAUGAUGGAAUUUAACAUUAAAGCAUAAUCUUGAUUAAUUAAGAAUGUGAUGAGCACACUACUUUUCAAAUGCAAUUUAAUAAAUAAAAAGGAAUUUUAAUCAAUCAAAGCAAAUCAUUUCUUAAUCUAAUCUUUAUUACUCAGGAUAUCUAAAUUACUGAUUAUUCAGAAAUUUAAUUCAGUAGCAAUCACAUUUUAGGUUAGCUUAGUGAUGAUGGAUAAUUUUUAGUGACAUUGGAUUUAGCAUCAAAUGAAUUUUAAUUAAGGUAAUAUUAUUGUCAUUGA